CAGGUUUGUUAUUUUUUAGAAUUUUUCAUUGCUUUCAUUACCUGGUGGUGUAUUACUUUUGCUUGGAAAACGAGUCCUUACAACAAACAAAUGGUGUUUCAUGAUCCUGAGUUCUUAUGUUAAUGCGGUUUAUUGUCUUUGCAUGACCAGUUGGUGUUGGGUGCUCAUGAUUUAUUUCAUUUCUUAUUUGUCUUGAUCUUAACUAUGUGUAGCCCAAGUACAACUGCAGAAGAAUCUAAUGUAUCUAUCGCCUAAAGUUGGAAGCCACCCAAUUCCGGCCCAGAGAAGUGGUCACUGGUCAAGCAUGUCUUGCAGACAGCUGCUUCUUGAUUGCAGAAAGUUCUAAUCCUGGAAGGAACCAUAGCAGAUGACGUUGCAAUGGAGGUCACUGUAGAUGUACUAAGGAUUAGACAAAUACUCACCAACCUGAUCAGGAAAAAAAAACUUUCUUUGCUGAGAAUGCUCCUCUUCUCGGAGAAUACAAAUUUGUUCAACUGGCUUUAGGUUUGUUUAUCCUUUGCAAGAAGUCAACGUGGAGAAACCGGAUGAUGGAGUAUCAAAGAACUAGAAGCAAUUGACUUCUUAAGAUAAUUUCACCCAACAUGGUCCAGUGUGUUAUAAUCUUACCAUUUGUAAAGAAUAGUUAGAGCAUCUACAUCAAUGCAAUUAUAUAUGUAAUUGUAUUUGUGUUCUUUAUUGUCAUUUAAAUUUCUUUGUGAUCCAACUUAUAUUACUUUUUUGGGUGGCUUCCUUAGAUUCUUUUGGGG